AUGUCCCCAAACCUUGAACUUGAGUCAGGUGCCUAUGCUGUUGGCCUCAUCAAUGAUGAGGAGCGAUUCGAUGUCAUCAGACAUUCAUGUCCUGGCGCUGGUGCCUGCGGUGGUAUGUAUACGGACAACACCAUGAGCUCUGCUCUUGAAGUCUUGGGCAUUUCUCUUCCCUACUCCUCAAGCACACCAGCAAUAUACCCUGAGAAGGCACAGGAAUGCUUCAAAGUCGCCAAGUAUAUGAAAUGUCUUCUAGAGCUUGAUUUGAAGCCCAGAGAUAUCCUCACCCAUCAAUCUUUCCUGAAUGCAAUCACUAUCGUCAACGUCCUCGGUGGCUUAACAAAUGCUGUUCUUUACUUGCUGGCUAUAGCCUGUGCCACCAAUGUUCCCUUGACUAUCGACAACUUCCAGAUGAUUUCAGACAGGACUCCAUACCUUGCCGAUUUGAAGCCAUCUGGAAAGUAUUAUAUGGAAGACAUUCACAAAAUUGGUGGCAUACCAGCGAUCAUCAAAUACCUUCUCAAGAACACUGAUCUUAUCGAUGGUAACCAGAUGACUGUUACCGGAAAGACCCUCGCUGAAAACCUCGUGGAUGUUCCGGAGCUCGACUUUGAUAAACAAGACGUCAUCAAGAAGCUGGACAACCCCAUUAAACCCUCUGGUCAUUUGACUAUUCUCAAAGGUAGCUUGGCUCCUGGAACCACUGUCGCCAAGCUUACAGGGAAGGAGGGUUUGCGCUUUGAGGGUGUCACCAAAUGCUUUGAUAGUGUGCAUGACUUUUAUCCUGCACUUGAGCGCGGAGACAUCAAGCAUGGAAUGGUCUUGAUAUUCAGAUAUCAAGGACCGAAGGGCGGGCCAGGAAUGCCAGAGGUUGGAUGUCCCACCGCCACUCUUAUGGGUGCUGGGCUGGGCAACUCGACUGCGCUAAUCAUGGAUGGUCAUUUUUCUGGAGCAUCCAGAGGUUUCAUCAUUGGUCACGUCGUCCCUGAGGCAACCCUCGGUGGUCCAAUUGCUCUUGUGGAAGACAGCGAUCUCAUUGCCAUCGAUGCAAAGAGUAGGACCAUCGACUGGCUAGUGGGCAAAGAAGAGAAAGUAUGCCAAAGAAAAGCAUGGGAAGUCUCAGACAAG